AGCACACGGUACCCUUUGAAAACUCAUUCAUCACGAUAGCUGUCAUGCUAGCCGUUGUCAUCGCAACCUGAAGUAAAAUUGUUACCGCGACUGAAAUGUAAUGUAAUUUACACACCCAUGUGAAUGAUUAUAUAUGCUAGUGGAUAUCGCCAAACACUUGCCAGCGUGGGGUACUGGGAACUAACGUGUCGUGUUAUGGGAGAAACACGGAGGUCAGGCGAACGGUGGACUGUCAACAACAAUAAUGUCCGUGUGAAGCGACUCUGCUACCGCUGUAAUUGUUCCUUCUCUACAUUAUAGCACCGAUCAAAUUAAAACAUGCCUGGGAAAUUAAAGGCCAAAAUCGUGGCAGGGCGCCACUUGCCUGUAAUGGAUAGAGCAAGUGAUCUAACGGAUGCCUUUGUUGAGGUCAAGUUUGGAAAUACAACCUUCAAAACAGAUGUUUUUCCCAAGUCCCUUAAUCCACAGUGGAACUCUGAAUGGUUCAAGUUUGAGGUUGAUGAUGAGGACUUGCAGGAUGAACCGUUGCAGAUCACAGUGUUGGACCAUGACACAUACAGCGCUAACGAUGCCAUAGGGAAAGUUUACAUUGACAUUGAUCCUUUGCUGUGUUCUGAGGCUGCCUCUGUCAUCUCUGGCUGGUUUCCCAUCUACGACACCAUACAUGGAAUCAGAGGAGAAAUCAACGUCCUUGUAAAAGUGGAGCUUUUCAACGACUUGAACCGUUUCAGGCAGUCGUCUUGUGGGGUCAAGUUUUUCUGCACCGCAUCUAUUCCACGGGGCUACCGAGCAGCCAUGGUGCACGGGUUUGUAGAAGAACUGGUGGUGAACGAGGACCCGGAGUACCAGUGGAUAGACCGCAUCAGAACCCCUCGGGCUUCCAAUGAAGCGCGUCAGAGACUCAUCUCUCUCAUGUCUGGAGAGCUGCAGAGGAAAAUAGGGCUUAAAGUUCUGGAGAUGGGUGGGAAUGCAGUAGUGGGCUACCUGCAGUGUUUUGACUUGGAGGGGGAGUCUGGCCUGGUGGUCCGGGCGAUAGGCACCGCCUGCACUCUGGAAAAACACAGCUCCGGGAGCCUCGUGAACACACACACGCACCCUAACACAGCACCUGCUUCUAACGCCUGCAACUCCCCGUCUAAAGAUGGAAAGGAGCCGGUAUUUGGUGAGGAUCUGCCCUCGUCCUCCGGCCCGCCCACCCCUUUCCGAAUCCUCCCCACAUCCUCCUCCUCUCCUCCCCCCUUCUCUCCCUCCAAGCCAUGCAGCCGUCAGUCCUCUUCAUCAGACACAGACCUCAGUUUGACGCCCAAGACGGACGAGUCCCAGUCAGGGAGACGCAGGCCAGGGAUCUUCCUCUGCCCCAGCUCCCCCGUCCUCUCUGCAGACUCAUUGUUCCUUCCUGGCUCGGGCUUUGUGGGCCGUGGUCACAGCUCUGGCUGCAGAGCGACCACCCCGCCCAUCCCCUCCUUCACCCACUCAGACUCUGCCUUGCUGAGAAAGAGCGUGUCCUUCACUGAGGACCUGCUGCUGGCAGCCUCCGGGAUGGGCAGCGGUGGCAGCGCAGGGAAGGAGGCCGSACCGUUGAAGACRCUGCUGAGGCAGCAGACGCAGACUGCUCUCGAACAGAGGGGAGCAUCCUCCUCUGGGUUAUUGUUAAACGCCAGGGAGUUCCCCUUCUUCACCCUGACUUCUUUCCCGCCGGGUUUUCUGGUCCACGUCGGCGGCGUGGUCAGUGCUCGUUCUGUUAAGUUGCUGGAUCGCAUACACAACCCCGACUUAAUACAGAGUUCACGGCAAUCAAUUUUGAGGAUGGAGAGAAAAAUGACAGGAAGAAAGAGUCAGGACAGACUGAGGAGUGUAACAGAUGAACCCGAGACACGUGAUGCCUGGUGGGAAGAGAUUCGUCAGGAAAUUAAAUCUCAUGCCAAAGCUCUUGGUUGCCAUGCUGUUGUAGGUUACAGUGAGAACACAAGCAUCUGUGAAGAGGUGUGUAUUCUGUCCGCAUCAGGGACAGCCGCCAUCUUGAAUCCUCGGUACAUGCGUGAAGGCUGCCUCGACAUCGGCAGCUCCGACAACAGGUUCGAUGAUCCAUCACCUCCAAGCUGUGGCUUUUGUCACAUCCCGUAUGACGAGCUCAACAUGCCGUUUCCUGCCCAGCUCACAUAUUGUUACAACUGCAGGCGGCAAAAGGUUCCUGAUGUGUUAUUCACAACAAUCGACUUGCCAGCGGACGCAGCAGUCACAGGGAAAGGCUGCCUCAUUCAGGCCAGGCUGUGUCGUCUGAAAAAGAAAGCUCAGGGAGAAGUGAACGCGACCGCCAUCUCAAACUUGCUGCCUUUCAUGGAGUAUGAGCUGCACACUCAGCUGAUGAAUAAGCUGAAGCUCCGGAGCAUGAAUGCUCUGUUCGGUCUGCACAUACAGAUCAGCGUCGGCGAGAACAUGCUUCUGGGUCUUGCUUCUGCUACAGGAGUGUACCUGACGGCUCUGCCUGCACCCGGGGGCAUCCAGAUAGCUGGGAAGACCGCCGGUGACCUGAACAACGAGCAGCACAUCCAGUCCAUCCAGAAAAGGAUCAAUGACACCAUCGCCAAGAACAAGGAGCUCUACCAAAUAAACCCUCCGGAGCUGACGGAGGAAGGGGUGGGCUCUCCGAUCCCCGAGCCCAGACACAGAUCCCGACUCUUCCGCUCGCACUCGGAGAGCUCCGAUGAAGUGACAGAACUGGAUCUGUCGCACGGCAAAAAGGACGCGUUUGUCCUGGAGAUUGAUGACACAGACGCUGUGGAGGACAUCCACUCUCUCCUCGGCGAUGCAUCUCCCCCCACAGGUUUCUACACCUGCAACACUGAGACCAUGCCUGGGAUUUAUACCUGGACUACAGCAGUACAGAUGUUUACAUCGGUUAGGGUCCUGAGGUUGAGCAAUGCCAACCUUUCAAACCAAAGCCUGAACAAGAUCUUCACUGACCUCUGUGAGAAUCUGCUGAAGAGUUUUUAUUUCAAGUUACGCUCCAAUAUACCCUGCUGUCUUUGUCAUCUCAACUUCACUGUAGCAGUGCCAGAAGAAGAGCUCAUUCAGGUUUCGGUGACGGCUGUCGCCAUGACGUUUGACAAGGACCAGACUCAGGAGAGGUUUAUUACCAAAGGUGGGAAUGAGACCGAAGAGCAGCUGCAGUUUCCUCUGGAGUUGUGCGCUGACUCGCCAUCCACCAACACUCAAGCUUCUUCCAAAUUUUCAGGUGUCCCAGAAAAUACCAUUGUCUCAUCCAGAGCUGCCUCCGUUGAUUACGGUUCCUUUGCAGACAGAUGCAGCACCUGGCUAGAGCUGCUUAGGCUGAAAGCGCACACCAUAAGACGAGGAUCAGUUAAGACAAGUAGGAGGACACAGUCUCUAGCACACUCUGUCUCRUCUUUGGAGCACUGCAGUCCGCUGACGGAGGGACGCCCCCGAUCGCUGCGCUCCAGCCGCUCCUUUGGGGGCAGUUCUGUGACCAUGGUGAAGAUGACGCCCCUCUCUUUCCUCCCUGGGACCAGAAUCAUUAAAUACCUUGGAAUCAUCAACAUGUUCUUCAUCAGAGAGACCACAUCCCUACGAGAGGAAGGUGGAGUUAGCGGUUUCCUCCAUUCGUUCAUCGCAGAGGUGUUUGCGAUGGUUCGAGCCCACGUAGCAGCUCUGGGUGGCAAUGCAGUGGUGUCCUACAGCAUGAAAGAUUGUGUUUUAAUGGAAAAUCCCAAUAAGAACCAGGCUCAGUGCCUCAUUAAUGUGAGCGGGGACGCGGUCAUCUGCGUCAGGGAGACGGACCAGGAGCCCAUGACCUCGAUGACUAAUAUCGGACAGAGUUGUACAGCUGAUGGAGCGACAUGACUCUGAGACAGCUGAUCCCAUUUCCACCAGCAGGAAACGCUGUCGGAGUGAACACACUCUCUUUAAGUCUAGCCAUCCAAAUCUGUGUGAAUUUAUAUUUGCCUUAAAAUUCUCAAAGAUCCAAAGGUGUGUAGAUAUAAUAUUAUUAAUAAAAUGAUAAUAAUAAUAAGGAUAAUGAGAAUAAAAAACACGUGCUGAAAACAGUGUAUUAUCUGAAAACACAUGCGCAACGUCUUUCCGUGUUUGAAAAGAAAUUGAUGUGGUUCUUAUUUGUUGAAAAUAACCAAAGGGGCGUCUAAAUUAGAAGCUUUUUCUUUUCACUAAAGCCGUCCGCACUGGGAUUCAACCACAGCAACACUGUAUCGGCCAUCUCCUAUUGUUUUGCACACAUGAGGCAGCUAUAGUUAAUUUGUCUGUCUGCAAACCACAGACUGAAUUUCAGUGGCCAUGCUAAAAGGGAUGCAAGCAUUUACAAGCAAGCCAUGUAUAUGCAGUUAGAUUCUUGCUGUGUUUUAUGUAGCUUCUCGUGCAAGUCAAGUGUCUCCAUUUCAAAAAGAGUUCUGCCUCUAAGGAAACUGCAAUCCAGCCUGUAUUAGGCAUUUUUAGCCAAGACUUCCAACGUGCAGAGUAAACCCGCAGCAUGUUCUGUUUUCAUGGGAAAGUUCUCCAGUUUUAAUGUUGUCUAAAUUUCUACUGGUAUUGAUAAUAAUUGUCACAGUAUUGUUUUAAUUUUUAUUUCUUCAGCAAGUGUCAAAAGAUAGUGUCACAAACCAUAUUUUGUUGUUGUUGUUGUUUAGAAUGGGGCAAGUUACUUUGAAUAAUUAAAAGAUAUGUUUAGAUUAAAGGUGUAAUAUGCAAAUAUUUUAGUAGAAUAAGAAUUUCCUUGAGGGAAAUCUGUUCCGUUGGCUAAUUUGUGAUUUUUAAGUUCUCCUUUAUUUUCAAAUGUAAAAAUCAGGUAGCAAAGAAAGCACGAUGUUCAUUUCCUUCUGGGUGGGCAAUUUGGGAUUUAUAUUAAGAUGAGUGAAUAAAAAGUGGGCAAUUGGGAUCUACCGGAUUACUUUCAAACUAAAAAAAUAAUUCUGGGAUCUAACUAAGGCAUAAGGCUUGCAAAUCUUAGAUCAUGUUCUCUAUGUGUAGCACCUGUGUCAAAUUUCACGUUGCCAAGCUUCAUCGCCGCUGCUUUGGCCCUCGGCGUUUCAAGAGUCUCUCUGCUGAUCUGUCCGGCAUCUGAAUAAGCAUCUUCUAGAGUUGGUGCCACCUAAAAGUAAACUCUGUAAAUACUGUGUACAAUCAGAUUUGUUUUUCUGUAUUUUUAUAGCGUCAAAGAAUGAAUUGUGAUGCCUGUGCAGGGCAUUGCUGAUUUUAAUCACUCUGUCAGAGAUUUAAAGGUACUCCAGUCUGUGUGAUCAGUAGUUUUGUGAUCAUUUUUCUGUGUUGUGGCUAAAACUUGAAUGUAUAUACAUGGAUGCUUUUGCUAUUGGACUAGCAGCAUGCAGAGCAUCUCUUUAUUGCCAUGAAUCUGUAUGCUUGCCUGGUAAGUUGCACAAUAAACUAAUGUCAAACCAAA